GCAAAGCACCAUAAUGUCACUUGCAACCUGAUAAAGGCAAUGCGAUCAGCAAUGUCACUGUCUGAUCUUGCAUGGCUGCGCUCUCAGAGUGAAAAGAAUUCUCAUGUAUGCUAAGGAUCAGAUGAGUCGAGGAUUUCUUUAACAUGCCUGGUUUUUACAUGUAAACGGAGAAAACAGGAAGCCUAUUGUUGGAGUCAGCACGAUUGCUGGAUGCAGAUAAUUGUGAGCCAGAUUGCUUGUUUCAGCAGCCUGGGGAUGAAUGGGGAGUUCAGUGGUUCUAAAUAUUGUCUUCACCAGGCUGAAGUAAACGAUCAGCACAUUGGAAUAUUGUGUGGGUGUGUUUUUGUUUUCCCAUUGGGUGUAAAAAUGUUAAAUGAUUUAAUGGGUGCAUGUUAAUAAUUUCCUAUUUGAAUCAUUCUGCUACUGCUGUAUAAUUGAACCAGUGAUGUGAAUUUCUACUGUAUCGUGCCCUCUGGCUUUUUGUUACUGGAGCUGUGCAGCGGAAAGUUUGGAUCAUUUGUAGGUUUGUUUUGAAAGGGGUUCGAAUGAGCCGUGUGUGUAUUGUGGUCUUAGAGGAGGUGGAAGAGGAUCCCUCCACUUUUGUUUCGAAAGUUCCUCUGGACAAUUUUCUACAUGCAUCACAUUUACCUACUCGGAAUGUAAAGCCACCACUGGUGCAAGCUAUAUUUAAUGUGGAUCCCGAUGAAGUCCGAUCCCUUAUAUUCAAGAAAGAAGAUGUAAACGUGCAGGAUAAUGAAAAGAGAACCCCCCUACAUGCCGCAGCCUAUCUAGGAGAUGCAGAAAUUAUUGAACUCCUUAUUUUGUCAGGCGCUAGAGUUAAUGCCAAAGACAGCAAGUGGUUGACUCCUCUACACAGGGCAGUUGCUUCUUGCAGUGAGGAUGCUGUUCAGGUGUUGCUGAAACACUCUGCUGAUGUUAACGCUCGUGAUAAGAACUGGCAAACCCCUUUACAUAUAGCUGCUGCAAACAAAGCUGUGAAGUGUGCGGAGGCUUUGGUGCCUCUUCUCAGCAAUGUCAAUGUCUCAGACCGAGCAGGGAGGACUGCGUUACACCACGCUGCCUUCAGUGGUCAUGUGGAGAUGGUGAAGUUGCUGCUGUCAAGAGGUGCCAACAUUAAUGCCUUUGACAAGAAAGACCGUCGUGCUCUUCAUUGGGCUGCUUAUAUGGGCCACAUUGAAGUUGUUAAGCUCCUUGUGUCCCAUGGAGCUGAAGUAACCUGCAAAGACAAGAAAGCCUACACACCGCUUCACGCUGCAGCCUCCAGUGGGAUGAUUAGUGUUGUCAAAUACCUUUUGGACCUUGGUGUUGAUAUUAAUGAACCAAAUGCCUAUGGAAAUACGCCACUUCACGUGGCAUGCUACAACGGCCAGGAUGUGGUAGUGAAUGAACUUAUUGAAUGCGGGGCUAAUGUCAACCAAGUGAAUGAAAAAGGUUUUGCUCCUUUGCACUUUGCUGCAGCAUCUAGACAUGGAGCACUGUGCUUAGAACUCCUCGUCUGCAAUGGUGCAGAUGUUAAUAUCAAGAGUAAGGAUGGGAAAACACCAUUACACAUGACAGCUAUUCAUGGCAGAUUCUCCAGGUCACAGACCAUUAUUCAGAAUGGAGCGGAGAUUGACUGUGAAGAUAAGAAUGGCAAUACUCCUUUGCACAUAGCAGCUCGAUAUGGCCAUGAGCUACUUAUAAACACUCUAAUUGCCAGCGGAGCUGACACUGCAAAGCGCGGUAUCCACGGAAUGUUUCCACUACAUCUAGCAGCACUUAGUGGCUUUUCAGACUGCUGUAGGAAGCUUCUUUCCUCUGGCUUUGACAUCGACACCCCAGACGAUUUUGGGAGGACCUGUUUACACGCUGCUGCAGCUGGAGGGAAUUUGGAAUGUUUGAAUCUUUUACUUAACACUGGGGCAGACUUCAACAAAAAAGACACAUUCGGAAGGACUCCCCUGCAUUAUGCUGCUGCCAACUGCAACUACCAGUGCCUGUUUGCCCUCGUGGGAUCUGGAGCCAGUGUCAACGACCUUGAUGAGAGAGGCUGCACACCACUGCAUUAUGCAGCUGCAUCAGACACAGAUGGAAAGUGCCUGGAGUAUUUACUCCGGAAUGAUGCAAAUCCAGGGAUUCGCGAUAAGCAGGGUUAUAAUGCUGUGCAUUAUGCAGCUGCUUCUGGCCAUCGGUUGUGUCUUGAGCUGGUAAGUGAUAUGCUGCUCCAGCAUUUAAUGGAAACUUCAGGUGCAGACAUGUUGAAUGACUCGGAUACAAGAGCACCAAUUAGUCCUUUGCACUUAGCUGCCUACCAUGGUCAUCACCAAGCCUUGGAGGUGCUUGUCCAGUCCUUGCUGGAUCUGGAUGUCAGAAACAGCAAGGGACGGACACCCCUGGACCUUGCUGCUUUCAAGGGACACGUGGAGUGUGUGGAUGUGCUGAUUAAUCAGGGAGCCACCAUCCUAGUAAAAGAUUAUGCCUUGAAAAGGACACCUAUCCAUGCUGCAGCUACGAAUGGCCAUUCAGAAUGCUUGCGGCUGCUAAUAGGCAGUGCAGACCUUCAGACUGCUGUUGACAUUCAAGAUGGAAACGGACAAACGCCCUUGAUGUUGUCUGUUCUAAAUGGGCAUACAGAUUGUGUUUAUUCACUACUUAACAAGGGAGCAAAUGUGGAUGCCAGAGACAAGUGGGGGAGGACAGCACUGCACAGAGGGGCUGUGACUGGUCAUGAAGAAAGUGUUGAGGCUCUGCUACAGCACAGCGCUGGCUUCCUCACCCAGGACUGCAAGGGCAGGACACCUGUGCUCUUAGCAGCUGCCUGUGGCCACAUCAACGUGCUGGGUGGGCUGCUGCAAGCUGCACAAUCCAUGGAGAUCCUUCCCAUUGUAACGGAUCAUCGUGGCUACACACCACUGCACUGGGCCUGUUACAAUGGGCAUGACACCUGUGUAGAACUUCUCCUGGAACAGGAGGUUUUCCAGAAGAUGGAUGGCAAUUCUUUCAGCCCAUUGCACUGUGCUGUGAUAAAUGACAAUGAGGGCGCAGCUGAAAUGCUAAUAGAUGCACUGGGUGCUAAAAUUGUCAACUGUACAGAUUCUAAAAUAAGGACUCCUCUUCAUGCUGCAGCCUAUACAGACCAUGUUGAAUGUUUGCAGCUGUUGCUCAGUCACAACGCUCAAGUAAAUGCAGUCGAUUCAUCUGGAAAAACUCCAUUAAUGAUGGCAGCAGAAAAUGGACAGACCAAUGCCGUUGAAGUUUUGGUGAGCAGCGCAAAGGCAGACCUUAACUUGCAAGAUGCUAACAAAAACACAGCUCUUCACUUGGCUUGUAGCAAGGGCCAUGAAACUAGUGCCUUGUUAAUAUUGGAGAAGAUACUCGAUCGGAACCUCAUCAACUCAACCAACACAGCUUUACAAACACCCUUGCAUGUGGCUGCCCGCCAUGGUCUGACUGUGGUAGUACAAGAACUUUUAGGAAAAGGCGCCAGUGUUCUUGCUGUAGAUGAGAAUGGUUACACACCCGCCUUGGCAUGUGCCCCAAACAAAGACGUUGCUGACUGCCUCGCUCUUAUAUUGGCCACCAUGAUGCCUGUGUCUCCUAACACUGCUUUGCCCACUCUUAGUUUUAACGCCAUUAAUCACUUCACCAACACUUCCAAGACAGUCACCUUCGACUCGCUGCCCAUCUUGAGGAACGAACACAGCUCCUACUGCAGUUUCAACAACAUUGGAAGGGAGGACGGAUACCCUUACAAUGAAGACGAUGAACUCAAUGACUCGGACUCUGAGACCUAUUGAAUCCGCUAUGAAUCCAUGUGUGAACGACUGAGAAAUUACUGAAGGAGAGCUUUGACUAUCCAAACCUGAAGAGCUCAAACAAGAUUUCAUUGGCUGGUAUUGUUGUUUCUUGAGUGACUAUCAGAUGAGCCCAAGUGUGUAAAAAUGGAAGGAUGCUGGGUUUCUUUGUCAAAGCUGAUGGCAAAAAGAAAAGCCAAUUACUUUAUUAUUCUGUACCUUUUACUAUUUAAUUUGCAGUGCCAGAAGUCAUUACAGAAGCAGUACUACUAAAAUAUGUUAUUUAGAAUGAAGCAACAUUUUAAAAUUAAUGGGACUCUAAAUAUAAAACUCUGUCGGCAAUAAACCAGUGGGGGAUAUUAGCACUUGAUCAGUAAGUUGCCAAAGGGACCAAAUACAGUAGUUAACUUUUUUUUUUUUUUUUUAACCCACUGUGAGCAAGUAUAGUUUUCAGUUUUAGUUAUGUUUUAUUAAGAUUAAUUUCAUUUAUUAUAAUGGAAAGGCAACAAAGUCAUUCUUCUUCGUUAUUUUGGUAAGAGCAUAAAUCCAAGUGCGUAGAGGAAAUAAAAUAUAGAUGGGAAGAAUACCUUCUUUUUAACAAGUGUCUUACUUUUCUAUUAUAUAAUAUCAAGACCAGCUAAUAUGGUGCUGUCAGGGUUAUACUUGUUACACUAUAAACACCAAUUAGUAAUUUUUUGAAAUCCUUAUUUUAUUGUAAUGUUUUUUUUUUUUUUUUUUUCUUUUAAAAUAAGCUUUUGAAAAGUGUGAGUGAGGUGGAUAAAACACGUCAGAAUGAGCUCACUUGUUCAGUAUAAUGGACCCACAUGUGCUUGAAUAAUAAAUGCAUUUUCAGUUAUGUUGUGUUAUAUCUCUGCAUUUUAUGAUCUAUGUUGGUCUUAGCAUUUUUUUUUGUUUUGGUGCCUUCGUGUUUUUAAUAAUUGGGGUCAUUAGGUCAGGGGUGGCAGCCUAAGAACUGUGACAAAUUUAAGGAACGCUACAUUACUUUAAAGACAUGGCCCUGAAUAUUUCAAGUUUGACACUAAUUUUAUGUGGAAUAAAAAACACUGUAUAAAAACCAAUGCCAGGAUUGCAUGGUUUUUAAUCUUAUAUCUGAAACCAGAUACAGCUUGUUUUAUUUUGUUGUAUUUUUGUUGCUUGUCAUUUAUUGCCAUUUUUAUGAAUUUUGCAGGCGUUGCUUUUUUACAUGCAAGAUAUUGCCAGUCUUGCAUGUGAACUUUUAAAACAUUUCUUUUUAUUUUCAGUGCAUUUUAAACUGGAACUCUGUACAGUAUAUCAGCUGGUUUUCUGAAAAAUAGCAGUGUGGAACGGGACAAUUUUGUCUGUUUUAAUACAUUUUGUGAUUCUAUUUUGAAGAGAUGAAAUGAUAGCAUGUACAUAGGAAAUGGUGACUGCUUGGACACUAUACCUACCUGCACUCUUUAAAUACAUCUCUGAGAUUCCUGUAUAUUUGAUGGAUUGUAAUAAAAUCCACAUGUGGGUUAUAUGUAAUUUUAAGUCGAUUUUUAUUGUUUGUGGUAUUUAUGUGUAAAUUUUAUAUACAGUGAAACCUGAAUUAAGCAGCCAACAAAGUGACUUGCUGUGAUGUGUGGCUACUUAUUCGUAGUGCAUCGGUGUCCGACCGUCCCCCCUUUGUUGAGCAGCUCACUACUUAGUUUACUUGGCUGAGUAAAUCCAGGUUUUAUUGUGUAGAUGUCAGUUUUUUUUUUUUUUUGGUUUUCUUUCUUGGAAAUAUGACUUCUACCCAAGAUCCCUGCAUGGAAUUCUAAAGAGGAGAAAUAAGAAGUGACAUUUUUUAGAGUUUUGUUUCCAAAAGGAACAGUGCUGUAGAAUAGAGUAUGAACUGUCUGCAGAGUACUGGACUCUAGUGUAUUACGCCUAACUAUUUCCAGAAGGGGAUAUAAAAAUGCAGCUUAGCUGACACCACUGCUAGGGAGCAAGUGUACGGAGAAGAUGACAAUCAAACAAAUCAUGCUUUUGUUUGUAUUUUGGGGGUUUUGUUUUUCCGGAUGGGGGUUGUCCAUGCCAAAAUAUCGCAAGGCACAUAAAAUGCAUUACUUUUCUCUUAAAAAGGGGAACUGCAUCAAACCAGCAGCCUGCCAUAGUAACUUGUCUAGGAAAUGGGGUUGUGACAAAGAGGCCACACAAGAUGACAAGGGUCACUGGACUAACUUCAGAGAAAGGCAGCAGAGACACCUCCAGCACAUUAAAAUGAUUAUUUUUAUUAUUAUUAUUUCAAAAGAUGAAACUUAGUGUAAAAAGAUACAAGUAGAAUUAUUUAUUUUUAUUGGAGGGGGGGGAGGGGUAUUCUUAAGACUUAGUCUGCGGACCCCCAGGUUGUCCGAGACUACUAGCACUCCUUUCAACAAACUUGCUGACUAAUAUAUAUAAAAAAUUUGACUGUAUUUAAAUUACUCCUGAGUACUGUUUUCUGAAUAAAUAAAAAUGUGUGUAUGACCCUUA